AUGGCAACUCCUGUUUCACUUCAUAACCAGCGCUUUUGGACUCCGUCAUCGCACGUCCACAUGAACUAUUCUGGCAGCAAACGGCUGUCCGCCGCCCAACAGCAGAGUUCUCCAUCACCAGAUAGAGCUGAGAAGCCGUCACGUAAACCAUCGUCACGGUCAAGCAGUCAUGUGGUCGACGAUCAGACGGCGAAAACGGUUGAGAUUAUAUCAAUACCAUCCGAUGAGGAAUCUGAUGUGGAGGGUGACAGCCAUGAUAAUGAGCCGCAGGAAAGACUCACGCAUGUGUCUUACCGGUCAAACCCAGCGAGCAUCCUUCGUCAAGGUAGCAUGAUGCCUGUAUGCACAAAAAGCCCCAGAAUGUUGACUUGGGAUGAAUGCACUGGAGCCGUUGACAAUCACGAAGCAUCAGCCGAUGGAGUUUUCCAAGAAAGGACCAUGGACACUGCUCAUGCUUCGCCUUCUCCUCGGGCUAGAUCCGUGGUGCGAGAUGAGGAUGCUGACAGCGAGCAGACAUCAGCUUCUUCCGGGCGACAAUUUUCUGCGGGCCUUCAUUACACCCCGAGGCAAAUUGAGAAGGCACCAACCAGCAAAUCUCUUUCAAACACUGCCGACAACUCUGAGCACGCACAUCCGGACGAUACUCUUCCAUCAGUCGAGGCUUUUGCGGCAUCUGCCAAGGAACAGGCUGGAGACACACAUCGUGUUGGCGAGCACAAUAGACAGACUAACCGCGAUGACGGUCAUGAAGGUGUCGGUGCUCCAUCUUCUCCCUCAGCGCCCACAUACCAAGCAGCUCCUCGGAGCCUAAGCCCGGCUUCCGCGCAGUCUACAACUUCCUCUGCGGCUAGUCCCUUUCAUUCGCCACGGACGCCUGGAUCAACUCGAGCCUCAACACCGGCAGUAUCGCAACAGGCUAACAUGUCAUUCAAGAACCUGUCAUGCGAUCUGGAGCCUAUGCAGAUAAGCUCCUCUCAAUUAGCAACUGAGGAUGUUAUGAACACGCUUGGAGAUCCAUCUCCGGUGCCGCCUCAACUUCCGGAUAGCUCUGAUGUCGAACCGAACAUACAUGUACAGAUCAAUGGCAAGAAUAUGGAAUCGCGGUCGGGCUUGUCCCUUUCUCAACGGCGAACCCAACCUACGGCAAUAAACGAAAAAUCGCAGUGGCGCCACAGGGACGAUUCACAUAGGCAAGACGGUGUCCGUAGCCAGAGCGACACAGAAUACUGCCCUUCAUCAACAGACGAUGAAAACCAGGAUGACGACCGUCAGGAUAGUGACGAAGAUGGAGUAUUUCAACAGGAUUCACGCAAGCGCCGUAAAUCCGGUCGCCCCUCUGUUAGACCCAGGUGGCCUAGUAAACGGCACUGUCCUGAUACCUCGACCAGGGAACGUCGGCCACGGGACAUGCUCCCCUCUGAUAUAUCGCCCCCCUCAACCGACUGUAUCGACGGUGUAAGAGCGGAGUUUGAAGAAUGGGCCUUGCACAAUGUCCGGCUAAAGCGUACCAUUGUUAACGACAGAGCAACGUUCCAGUUACAGUUCGACUGGGACUUGUGCAUGAAACACGGCCACGUAGUGCACCCGAGGUCAAAGAGAGGUCAGAAGCCAGGACCCAGCGCGAGAGCAAGGUUUACACAGGAGGAGGACUGCCUUCUCAUCCAAUUGAAAGAAGAACUCAAACUUUCGUGGGCAGACAUUCAUGCACGGUUUAGCGGCAGAUUCGCAUGGCGUUCAAAAGAGGCUCUUCAGGUUCGUUACUGCACCAAGUUGAAGUGUCGUGGGUGA